AUCAUGUGAAUGAAUUUUAAUUUUCCUCUAACAUUAGUUGAAAAAGUGAAAUUACUUUGUAGCUUAUUACUGAAACUGUAAAACUUGAAGAUGCCUAAGACAUGCCCCCAUUGCAAGUGUAGCGAGCUAGAUGUGGACCCUGCUCGAGGGGCCACCGUGUGUAUGGGAUGUGGCACUGUCCUCGAAGAAAAUUCAAUUGUCUCCGAGGUUUCGUUUAUGGAAAAUGCUGAUGGUUCAUCUUCUAUGGUCGGUCAAUUUGUGUCCGGAGAAGGUGCAAAUAAACCUCAUUUUGCGGGAUUACGACAUGGCAUCAGCAAGGAAUCUAGGCAGAUGACAUUGGACAGAGGAAAGCGUGAAAUUAGAGAAAUGGCUUCCUCUCUUCAUUUGAAUCAACAUUGCAUUGAUACUGCGUUCAACUUCUUCAAAAUGGCAAUCAAUAAACGUUUGUCUCGAGGAAGAAGAAUUCAGCACAUCGUUGCAGCUUGCCUGUACAUGACUUGCAGAAUUGUGGGGACUCCUCAUAUGCUGCUUGACUUCAGUGAUAUUACUCAGGUCAAUGUCUUUACUCUGGGAAAAGCCUUUCUAGUACUGGCCAAAGAGCUUCACAUACACCUACCUGUACUGGAUCCAUGCAUGUACAUCACACGUUUCGCUCAUCGAAUGGAUUUCGGGGAUAAAACAAAUGAAGUCGGUGUGGCUGCUAUGAGACUAGUAUCUCGAAUGAAGCGUGACUGGAUACACACUGGUCGAAGACCUUCAGGACUAUGUGGCGCCGCACUACUGGUUGCAGCAAGAUUACAUGGUUAUUCUUGUACGCUGAAAGAUGUUGUUAGAGUAGUGAGAAUUGGACAUGACACAAUACGUAAAAGAUUAUCAGAAUUUGUUUCAACACCAUCAAGUCAACUUACUAUCAAUGAAUUCAUGAACAUCGACCUUGAAUCAGAAGCCGAUCCUCCUGCCUUCACAGAAUCGAGGUUGAAACAAAAACAAGCAAAUUUAGAAAAUUUUGAAGAGGAGAUUGAUCAACUGAGCAAUGCAAUCGAUAAUGAAAUUGAAAACUCAUUACCUAAACGUUUAAGAACAGACACCGUACCCACACCCCCAUCUAAAACCUACGAAUCACCAUUAGCAACGCAAUAUCCAAUAGAAGAUCCAGAAUUACAAGUUGCUGCAGAUUUUGUUCAUGCUGAAAACCCAGAAGCUGUCGCAAAAAAACUGUUAAUCACUUCCAAGGGAACUACACAAAAUCCACUUUCUACACAAACUGCUUCGGCCGCCACACCGGGUCCAGCCCCCUCACUGUCAAGUCUUGGUUUGACACAACCUGCUGAAGAUUGUUUUAAAGUCCCGACGCUACCUUGGGAUAAAAACCAAGAAGAAGAAGAAGAACAAGGAGAACUUGAUUUAAGUAACAUAAAUGAUGAAGAAAUCGAUCAAAUGAUAUUAAGUCCGAAUGAGACAAUAAUUAAAACAAGAUUAUGGAUGGCAGAGAAUGGUGAAUAUAUGCAGGAAAUGGCAAUUCGGGCCGAGAAACGAAGGAGAGAGGAAGAAGAACGAGAAAAAACAAGACCAAAGAAACCAAAACGAAAACUUGUGUCUAAAAAAGAUUAUUAUGCAAAUUCACAAUCAGCAGGAGAAGCCAUUGAAAAACUUUUACAAAGACAGAAACUUUCGAGUAAAAUAAACUAUGAUGCUUUAAAACGAGUAAAUGAGGAGCCCUCACCUCAACCUGUACGAACAGGACCAAAAUUUAUCGACUCUUUCGCAAAUCUCGCAAAAUACGAUUUGACUCCAAAAAUAGAGAAAUUAUUUGAAGACGAACCUCAGGUUGUUAAAAUUGAGGAAACGAAACCAAUUGUGCCGAGAAAGAAAAUGAAAGUUGCUCCAUGUUUGAAUCCUGAUGCCCAAGAUGAUCUUGUGAAACCUGAGAUAAUAACAGAAUCAGGACCAGUUUCUGCGGCAUACGAGGUAACUGUAGAAAGUGGUCCCGUUGCUGUCGAAGAAGAAGGAUAUGAGGAAUAUGAUGAUGAUGAACAUUGCCUCAGUGCUUCACAGCUUAUGCAGGAAGCUGGUGUUGGGGACUCUGGAUAUGGCGGCUUUAACUAUGAAGGCUAUGAUGAAUAUGACUGAUGUGACAAGCUGUCGAUGUCAAUUUUCCUUUCACCAAGUCUGGGAAUGAGAAAGUGAUUGAAGAGAGUUUUGAAAUGGGUCCAGAUUCUUUCUUAUGAGGACCUGCCAGUUUUGCUAGAACAUAUGGCUUUUUGGGUGGAGUAAGCUGUAGUAUCACUACUGAAUAAGAAGGAGAACAUUGUGAAAUUAUCAGGGACUUAAUUUCUGAACUAAUUUACUAUUUGCCGUACAAAAGGUUACUUGUUAUGAUAUUUGGUGAUGCAUGCUUUGCUGCUAUGAUGUUUUUUAUAAUAUUGGUUAGGUAUUGUACAUUUUCACUCAGAACAAAGUUAACCACAAUCACAAAUAUAUACAGUAAUCAGCGCUACAGAAGUUUAUGUACCAAUAUGGAGGUAACUAGUUUUGUUUGCCUACUUUACAUCGAGUUGUCUAAAGGGACUGAAAUCUAUGGGCAGGCACAGAACCCGAACUCGUAAUAUAACUGGAGUAAGGCAAAUUGGAAUAAAAUUAUGGCCUAACCCUAACCUGGUACACAUACUGUAAUCUGCUAGUAAUACCUAAUACCUAAAAACUAAUACCAGUAAUCUGCUAUUUGAUUGGAAGGGCCAGAUUCUCACUGGUUUGCCCUAUUCCCCCAGGGUGUGGUCAGGAAUUCUCAAAGAAGGGGGGUUUCUGAAAUUUUCAAGUUAAAGUGGAACAGUAAACAGAUCUGGCCGAAAAGUGUGGGUUUUCAAGUGUCUGGAAGGUCCAAAAAGCGUUUUUAAGCUUUGAAAAAUUGCUAUGAUACCAAAGAAUCUUUUUACAUUUCAAAAAGGAGGGAGGUCCGACCCUCCUGGUUAUGCCCUUACCCAACGUAUUUUACCCUGGGUAGGAAGGCAGAUACCCAAGAUCUUCAACCUGUGAUGUAACAUUAACCUCAUGCCCCCCAUAUCAAUCCGGUAUGUAAUUAAUUUCAGAUAUAAGUUGCAAUGUAAUAAACGAGAAUAUCAGUCGGAGACCGAAGACUUAUCGAUCGAAAGUUAGGGGAUCCUUUGAAACAGCGCUCUUACUCCAUAGUGACACCUUGUGUCCCAUCACUUAUUCAAUCUCGCUUUCGUGAAAUAUUGUGUGCAUCUAACGGACAGACAGACAAAUACCUAUCAACAUACUCACCAAUUAAAAUCGAUAAGUAAUAACAAUGCAGAAAUGGAUAAUAGAAGCUUUUGACACAUCGCGAGAUGUCAUUGCUAUACCAUUUGAACUAAUCCUUUCUAAGUUAUCUAGUAAAGUUGCCUUUUUCCGAGUUUACUUAAUUUAUGAAUGAUAAAAUAAAUUAAUUAAAGUAAGUUAUAUCAAGAUUUAUUUAUUUACGCGAUUUUGUUGUUCUUCCAUAAAGGUUGGUUUCAAUUGUGUUGAAGCUUAUAUGUGUUGAAAAUUUUAUUUUACCAAAUUGUUGUAACUAGAAUAAGGACAUUGAAAUCACGCUGAGGAUUGUGAUUUCUACUUUUUUCGGAUCAUGAAUAUGUUAAAAUCAAUGACUUAUUAAUGACCGAAAUCAAUAACCUGUUACGCCAAUAUAGUCGGUCCAGGACCAUCAUACCCAAUCGAAUCUCGGCAAUCAAAUUCAAACAUUAAUCAGAAAAUGUUUAAGUGGAAAUUUGUAAAAUAAUCUGUAACUCGUGGGUUUUUCAUGUUUUUCUACUAAUUAAGGUUUGGUUGAAAUUGUGGAAGUGCUUUAUUAUUACCAAUUGAAAAAAAUGUCAUGUACCUUGCUUUGUCAAUCAAUGGUAUUAGGUAAGUAUUGUUGCUAGAUUGAUGUUCGGGGGACUUUUGUUUUUCCACUUUCCAGUCAUGAUUUUCUUAAAGUUCCUAUUUAUUGUGUUCAACAUUCUUAUGAUUUAUUCAAAAUAUUGUUCUCAUUUGGGUACUCCUGAAGUAUGUGAACCAAGAUAGCGGACCCCGGAAUGUAGUAUGUGUACCAGGUUAGGGUUAUGCUAUAAUUUCAGGUAAAAAUACUAC